AUGAAUCUACCAGAUAUUAAUCCAAAUUUGCCAUGUUUACGUCCGUUGACAAAUUCACAUAUAGGAACAAGACGAUUGUCAUGUAGUACAGGUUCUAAAAGUUCUCAUUCCUCAUCAACAGCAUCUUCAACACAAUCAAAAAAUUUACAUCCAAUACCAGUACUUAUACAAUUAUGUAUUUAUCCUGAUGAAGAUUAUGCAUAUCAAACAAUGAAACUUUUAUUUUCAUCGCGUUAUCAUUAUUCACCAAAUGUAUGCGAUGAAUUUGGUUGUAAUGUUCUUAUGUAUACACUUCGUUAUCAACGUUAUAAACUAUUUGAUUUUUUAUUAAAUGAAACAUCAUUAGAUCUUAAUCUUCGAUCGAAAGAUCGACAAGGCAAUACAAUUCUUCAUUAUGCCGUUAUUUAUGGAAAAGAUGAUUCGACAAUUAUGGAUAUUUUAAUUGAAAAUUUUAUUAAAUUUGGUAUUGAUAUUGAUGAGAGAAAUGUUUUUGGAUUUACACCAUUACUCUUUGCGAUGUUUUGCGGACGAUAUGAUUUUGUUUUGACUUUAUUGACUAAAACAGAUGCAUCACCAUUUGUUCGAGAUUAUAUUCAAUUAACAAAUAUGCUAGAUUAUAUUGAAAUCGAUACAAAACAUAAAGAAUUUUAUAAGACAAUUCAAAAUAAUCGUUUAUAUUCCAAAGAUUCUUGUUUGACUCGUGAGUCAACUCGUUUACAUAUACAACUUCAUAAAACUCUUCCUCCUCGAUCAGAAUCUCCACAUCAAACUAUUCACCAUCAUUCUUAUAUGAAUUUUUUUGAAAAUAUUUUCCCACAAGCUGUACAAGAUCGUUCAGGAUUAACUCGUUCAUCAAUUUUAAAAAUGCUUGAUAAAAAAAAUUUAUCAUCAGAUUUAACAUGUCUUAUUCAAUAUAUAAAUCAACGUUAUCCACGUAUAAAUACUCUAAGAAAAUCUUCCAGUUCGCGAAAUAUAACGACAACAAAACUUGUUUCGCAAUGUGAAAAUUCUAAAACAAAUGUUCAUAGUAUUUUCAAUUUAUUCGAUCCACAUUUGAGACCUAAAGCAAGAAUAUCAAAAAUAAUAACAACAGAACAUGGUAAAGCACCAAAUACAUUCAAACGCUUAGGCACUAAACUAACAGUACUUGCUGCUCUUUCUCGAUCUCAAACUGGUAAUAAAACUACCGAAUCGAUUAAUACAACUGCCACCAAAUAA